UCCUCACCCAAAGACAACUGGCUAAGGCUUCAUCUCAAACUUUACCUGUACAGCACUUCAUCUUAUUAAACAUGCUGAACAAGUUUGUCAUGUACACUCGCGCUCACACGACUGUUCCUGAGGGCUAAUUGCAGGUCAUUGACUUAUGGUAUGUUGUGUAUGUAUAUGUUUUUGUAUUUGCUAAAACAGAAUUGCAAAACGUUUUCUUGUUGAAGAGGACAGAUGUGUUUUAUAGACAUGAAAAAAUCCACACAAACCUGAUAAACGGUGCCUCUUGUAACUCAGUUGGAGUUGAGAUGUGCAUACCUUUUUGAGAAGUCACUGGUAGUCUUCAGAAGAUGACUGGAAACUCUGGAAAAACCACCUAAACAUAUUUAAAAAAAAAAAAAAAUCUGGUUUGAAGACUGUCUUCACUUGCUGCUGCUGCUACUACUGCAUGACCAUGGCUGAGUACAAGCUGGAAGUGACGACCGGCGAGAGAGAGAGUUCCGGAACGCUUGACCACAUACUUGUAACCUUGGUGGGAAGUGAAGGUCAGAGCGAAAAAACCGAUUUGGAUAACUGGGGCGUUGAUUUCAAGACUGGGACGAGUGAGACGUACACGAUCCAAACCGACACGUCUCUGGGGAAACUGCUGCUGCUGAAGGUCGAGAAAAACCCACGUGUUCCCCUCCAGGAUGAUGAGUGGUUCUGCUCUAAAAUCGUGGUGAGCACCCCAGAAGGGGAGACCCUUCUUUUCCCGUGCUACCAAUGGCUUUCCAAUAACGAGGUCGUGGAGCUAAGAGGAGGAAAAGCCAUGAAGGCUUUUGAAGACGACCACCCACUGUUGAUUGAGCACCGCAAAAACGAGCUGGCAUCUAAAAAGACCAACUUCCAGUGGGCCUCGACCAGUGAAGGACUUCCACGCCACAGCAAUUUUAGUACAUCAAGCGUCCCUGCUGAAAUACGCAUGUCAAAGUCGAGAAUGAAAGAAUCGGAGGCGGCUUUUACCUCAGGGGUCUUGGAACUGAAGAUGAAGGGGAUGCUCGGAUCUGAGGAAAGCUGGGCAACGAUUGAAGACAUGAAAACAAUAUUCAGUGACAGGAAGACAGAAAUAUCGGAGUACCUUUCUGAGCACUGGAAAGACGACGACUUUUACGGGCAGCAGUUCUUGAACGGCGUUAACCCCUGUCUGAUCAGACGGUGUUCAGAGCUUCCUCCAAAUUUCCCAGUCACCGAGGAGAUGGUCAAGCCAUACUUGGAGAUUGGGAUGCCUCUGCACAAUGAAUUUAAGAGAGGGAAUAUGUUCCUCUAUGACCAGAAGAACUUGAGCGGAAUACCGGGGAAGCUAUAUCAUGGCGAAAACCUGACAGUGCCUGCUCCUCUUUGUCUACUGUACCUGAACCCUGAGAAAAAACUGAUACCAAUUGCAAUACAGGUGCAUCAACAACCCUCCGAGGAAAACCCAAUUUUCCUGCCUAGCGACCCGGAGACGGACUGGCUAUUAGCCAAGAUAUUCGUCAAAAACGCUGACAUGAUGACUCACCAGGCAAUUUCCCACCUGAAGAACACCCACUUUAUAGCUGAGACCUGGGCUAUUAGCCUUCUUCGCAACUUCCCCCUCAUUCAUCCCAUUUACAAGUUGCUGAUACCUCACUUCCGCUGGAUUGUACAUAUCAAUGCUCAGGCCCGGGAAAGUUUGCUGGGAGCGAAUGGAACAUUUUCCCUGAGUUCACUCGGACUUGACGGCACUCUAGAACUCAUGAAUCGGAGCCAAGCUGAACUCACAUACAGCUCACUCUGUAUACCGGACAACAUUCGCGCUCGAGGACUAGAGUCCAUCCCCGACUUCUAUUACAAAGAUGAUGGCCUCGAACUCUGGAACAUCAUCCAUCGAUUUGUGAAGGAGGUCGUGGGAUACUUCUAUCGUUCAAACCGUGAAGUGGUCAAAGACUCUGAGCUACAAGGAUGGAUCCAUGAGAUAUUCACUCACUGCUUUUUAGGGAAUACAUAUUCGGGAUGUCCAGAGGCUUUCCAAAAUCUCGAGGAAGUGGUCAAAUUCAUCACCAUGGUAAUCUUCACGGUUUCAGCUCAGCACGCUGCCGUCAAUAACGGACAGUUUGACUACCAGACGUUCGUCCCCAAUGGUUCCUUAAUGCUGCGCAAGUCCUCUCCGACCGCCAAAGGACAAUCCAGCAUGGAGACCAUUUUGGAGACGCUCCCGAACAUUGGCGAGACGGUCGUGACGGCGAGCCUUCUAUACGUGCUCACGCUGAACUACUCUGAUUCCGUGCCAUUGGGUUCAUAUCCCGACGAACGAUUCCAAGAGCCUGAAGUCAAGCAGAUGAUGAAGGAGUUUCAAGCGGAGUUGUCCGGCCUGAGCGAAGCCAUCAAGGCCAGAAACGCAAAGCUUGUUGUCCCGUACACGUAUUUGGACCCAGAGCAAAUGGACAGCAGUAUUAUUAAGUAGGAAGGGGCUUGCAGUAAUUGGUAAAACACGGACCGUUAUGUUAGAUUUGCAAAUAACUUGGCAAUGCUACUGGAGUCCCUCUGGGAUUGCGCUAGCUGGUGUUUGUUGGCAAGGCAAAAUAUAUUCCAUUUAUAAUCGUUCUUUCAGCACUUGCAGUUGAUAUAAAAUAAUCGAUAUGUCGCUUGCUUUUUGUCUUUGACCACAAAAGUACAUAUUUUACAGAACAGUUCUACCCUGAUCUCUAGAACUGAACCUGAAUGCUUUUGAGAGGUUUGCAUCUUCCUGCAUGACAUCUGUACUUCCU